UCUCUCACUUUUCCCAAUUCCGUAAUUAGGGUUUUUCUUUCUUUCUCUCUUUAUUGGAUCCGUUAUUUUAUUUUGAAAUUAUUUUAACUUCACUAGGAAAUUCGAAAUUAGGGUAUCUUAUAAUUUCUAUCCAAUCAUUUAAUUUAAUCCUGUAGUGGAUUCCUUGAUUAGAUGUGUUUGACCAUGUUGUGUUCCUGAUGGAUUCCUUGAUUACAUGUGAUUAUUUUAGUAGUGUAGUUCCUGUAUCCCUUAAGAGUAGAAAUGUAGAAGGUUGCACAUAGUGUUUUUAAACUAAAUGGUCGCAUUUGAAAAAGUGCCUGAGAAGAAAAUAGAAAGACGAAGGAACCAAGUGUACGGAGGGUCAGCACACUCGUCUCCAUAAUUGUAAGAUUUUGAUACUGAGGAUCAACCUCUUAUGGAUUUGCGCUCUGAUAACAAUGGUAGGGAAGAUAAACACAUACUGAAUCCGGCUCACUCGGGUUGAAUUUGUGGUGAGCCGGAUUGGUUCACCAAUCCACUUAUUUUUUUUUUUUAUUGAAAUCAAAUUAAUUAUUCAAAUCCUAUUUAUUUUUAUUGAAAUCAAAUUAAUUAAAUUAAUUAUUCAAAACACACCACCUUUACUUCGCAGUAGUGCUUUUCGUGCUACACUGUGCUGUUGUCUAUCCAAAAGUUUCCACCUGUUAUAUAUUUUUGUUAACAACUAUACGUAGUUUCUUGGUGAUGGGAAUGAAAAGAGAUGGAAAGUUUACGAGAGAAGGAAGAUAGUCAAUUAACAAUAAUGGACUAACUAUCUAUUACAGUUAGUAGGGGAGGGAAUAGAAGUGUAUAAAUAGUGGGGGGAGUUAAUUAGAAGGGGACUUUUGACAGUUGAAUUGUUAACAGGCAUAGUCCUGAGGAAGGGGUUAAGCCCUUUGUUUCUGUGGUGUACAGACGAUUCUUUGUUGAAUAAUACGUAUUCAGAUUCUUUCUUUUCUGUUUUUUCUUUCUUGUUUCGUGAGGAGUAGGGUGUUCUUGAUUAGGUUUCUUUACUGGAAACUAUUAGAUAUUAAGUUGUGUUUAUGUUAAUUAGGGAAACAUACACCCUAUGGUUAUUAUGUUAUUUUUGCAUAUUCAUUUGUAUUUGGGCUUAGCCCACAUUCUUAUUAUUAUAAAUACAGUACCAUAUGUGUAUGCAAAGACACACAAGGGAGAUUUCUCUUCAUCUCUUCACUAUUUCACAUGGUAUCUAGAGCUUAGGUUCUAUUCCAAGCCUCUUCCACGGUCUCCGGUACUCACUACUGCCGCAGCCGCUGCCAUCGCCGCUGUCGUCGCCGUCGCCAGAGUUCCAGAAUCGACCGGCGACCACUCCAUCCGGAUCGUCUCGGCCGGGUGACCACCAUCGUCCAAAGAUCGCGGUGAUCGGAGCACCCACGCGCCGCCGCCAAAGUCGCAGAUCCAUCGCUUCCCGCCGCGUGUUCCUACGCGGCGCCGGAGCGUUCCGCCGCCGACCAGCACCGCCGUGAUCGCCUCCUCGCCCUUUUUUCGGAUUUGUGGUCGUUGCAUCAAUCGGAGCACGUUGGACUUUUAGGGUUUCUCCCUCUCCAAGGCGUCUUCUGCGUCUACAAACACCUCUGCUAGUGCCUCAUCUUCUUCUGCUGGUGCCUCUAAUUCCCCAAUAUACACUAAUUAUGUGAAUGUAAACUUGUCCAUUGACAAGUUAGAUAGCACAAAUUAUGCAACAUGGGCGUCCGACAUCAAACUUUGGUUGAAGAGUCAGGGGUAUGUAGAUCAUCUUACUAAAAAUGUGGCUAGUGCUACCACAGAGGACACUUCCCACUGGAUGAAAAUUGAUGCCCAAUUAUGCAUCGUCAUAAAGUCCACCAUUCACUCUUCUCUGAAACAAAUGUUUCGAUCAUAUGAAACAUGUUUAGAAGUAUGGGCACAAGCGAAGCUAUUAUACACGAAUGACACCCAGCGUCUUUAUGGUGUUUGUCAGGACCUAUUCACUGUUAUUGGUCUGCGCAAUCCUGGUCCCAUGGCAGAAUAUUUGGGUAAGGUUCAUGCCCUCCUUCAUGAUUUUAAUGAACUAUUACCUCCUGCUUCCACUCUUGCUGAAGAACUGGAACAACAAUCAAAGUUCUUCAUGCUGUUGGCAUUAUACGGACUCUUUGAUGAUUCCUCCCAUGUCCGUGAUCAGAUUUUGGGUUCUCCUGUCAUACCCAACUUCACUUCUACUUGUUCUGCUCUUUUGCGUAUUCUGAGCAAGCCAAUGAUUGAGACAUCCCCUCAUAUUGAUGAUUCCUCAGUUAUGGCUGCCCAACGUGAUGAUCGAAGUCAGUCCCGCAAGCCAAGUAGAGGACGACCAAAAUGUGACCACUGUGGCAAGCUAGGCCAUAGAAUUGAUAGAUGUUAUGCACUUCAUGGAUGCCCUCCUCGAUCUGUAGCAAUGGCUAAUUCUGAUCCACCUCCUUGACCUCCCCAAUCACCGUCUGUAGACCAUCCUACUUCAUCAAAUACUGUAGACAACCCUGCACUCUUCAACGAAUUUCUUAGAUGGUAUGAGGAUCGUCAGCACUCUAGUUCCACUACAUCUGCAUCUGUUGCAUGCACAAGUACACCUUUUGUUGGUCUGACUCUCUCCCUCAGAUCUUGGGUCCUUGACUCAGGCGCCACCGAUCAUAUAAUUGGACCGGAGUUCGAAACACAUGAUUGACACAGGAUGUGAGUCUCAUGGCCUAUAUCUUCUCCGCCCUUCUCCACAUGCUGGCGUAAUCAUGGAGUCACCAUCCCUUCUUCAUGCUUAGUUAGGUCAUCCCAGUUUGCCAAACUGCAACAACUUGUUCCGAGUUUGUCGAAGUUAUCAAGUUUGUCGUGUGAGUCUUGUCAGUUAGGAAAGCAUACUCGUAGUUCCUUUCCUCGUAGUGUUUCACAACGAGCGUCGUCCCCUUUUUCAUUAGUUCAUUAUGAUAUUUGGGGACUUAGUCGUGUUAAGUCCACUUUAGGAUUUCAAUAUUUUGUUACGUUUAUUGAUGACUAUUCCAGAUGUACUUGGUUUUUUUUAAUGAAAAAUCGUUCUGAGUUGUUUUCUAUUUUCCAAUCAUUUUUCAAUGAAAUAAAAACACAGUUUGGGGUUUCUAUCCAAACUUUACGCAGUGAUAAUGGCCAUGAAUACCUUUCUCAACCGUUUAAACAUCUUAUGGCUUCUCAAGACAUUCUUCACCAGACCUCAUGUGCUUAUACUCCUCAACAAAAUGGGGUGGCUGAGCGCAAGAAUAGACACCUUAUUGAUGUUACCAAUAAAGGAGUAUUGGUAAAACCUGAAGACAAGUUUUGAUGAUG